UGGGCAAUGUAUCCAUCCCAUCCAGUGUGUGCCGAUGGCCAACUGACGGGGCGUGGUGCUGUCCAGCAAAUUCUCAAUGGGAUGCACUGCAGUGAGAGGUACUAUCACCAGCACAAGUUAUUUGAUGAGGAAAACUGGUCUCAGAAAGUGGUGGCUCACAGCACAGAAAUUUCAAGGACCUACCAGAGCGCUGUUGCCUUCCUAUAUGGUCUUCUACCCACUUUUGAUCAUGAGAAGAUCUCAAUAAAUCGUGCCUCUAACAUAAACUUCUGCGAGGAGAAUAUAGUGGGUGGCUCUUGCUCCUGCAGCAGUGUUGAAAGUUUGCGAGGGAAAGCCAUCCGUGAGUGCAGGGCGGAUGAGGGUUACAUUGAACUGCUCAAGAAGCACUCACAUCUUGUAACCCAUCUAAGUGAUGUUUUGGGCAUUAGGCCAAAAAAUAUUCAGUGGACAUCAAUAAUGGAUGGUCUGAGCAGCUUUGCUUGUCAUAACACUGCACCCUUCUGUAACAGUAAUCACUCCUGCGUUACAGCAAAGACGGUGGAAGAUGUAUGGAAACUCGUGGACCACCAGAGUGUUUGUUUACACAAUAACCCACAUUACAAAAAAUUUUCCAAGGUAUCAAGCUACGGACUGCUCUACAGGAUAGCCCGUGAGCUUAAAAUGGCUGUACACACUGGAAGCAACUCCGUUUUUCACCUAUAUUCUGGACAUGACACAACGGUGUCGCCACUGAUCACAGCACUUGAGCUUCAGGAUGCCGUCUGGCCGGGGUAUGCCACCAUGAUUGUUUUUGAGCUCUAUCAAAAGAAAAGCUCCAAAGAAAAUUUCAUCAGAAUACUGCAGAAUGGGAAAUUGGUCACUUCUGAAGUGGUUUUCUGUCAAGGGGUGACCACGGAUGGGUUUUGUAGCUUAAACAGAUUUUUGGAUUAUGUAUUGUCAGAGAAGAUCAACUCAACUUGCCAGACAAUAAAUUCAGGAGAGAAGUAAAAUGCUAAGAUUAAUGCCCAGAUAAAAUUUGUUAAAAAAAUUAAAUACAUUUUCCAUUUCUUGUACAAGUUCAAGGCCAUGUAGAAGCAACAUAUCAAAAUGGAGAUGUUAAGAUCUUUUCAAAAAUCUAUUUUAAAGAAUAUGUUGAUGCAUUAAAAAAUAAAAUUUGAAUAAUUUAAAUAAUUUUAGUUAAAAAUAAAACAAACAACUUAUUGACUGCCACAAGAUGAUUAGUGUUGUUUAAUCUACUUAAAAACUGAGAUUUUAAUUUCUAUUCUUCCAACUUCUCUUAACACAUUUAUCCAGCUGUUUGAUGUCAAAGGGCAUUUAGGGAUACUAAAUCAUUUGUCUUUCAGUGGUAUAUUAACCCUUUCUAGUCCAUGUGAAAAAUAAAUUCACUUCAACCGCUACAAGUUUUUUCCAUUUGAAUUAUUUUAUUUUGACUGAAAUUUAGACAAGUGAACUACUAAUGAUGAAAAAUAAAUCGGCGGCCGUGAUAAUUUUCACUUUUAAGCUUAUACAAUUUUUUCCCUCAUAACAAUCAUAAACGAUUAAUAAUAAAGGAUUACUUUAUUUAUUUGAAACCGACUUCAAAAGAUAUUUAAGCCCUGAGAUGAGGAUUCUGAUAGUAUAAAUGGAUUCACUUUCAUCUCUAAAGUUAAUUAUACAUGUGAA